GCUUUUAUUUAAUUGACAAGUAAAUACUGAAAAAGUAUUAUAUGAGUAUAAUGUAUCAAUGUCGAUAAACAAAUUUGUUAAUUGUGGAAUUUAAAAUCUUGGUUUUGACUUUAGAAAUAUUAUGUAGUUAUUUUGACGCAUGCUCCGAUUCACAAUGAAAUCUAUCCCAGUUUGAAUUCCAUUGAUAUGGUAGAUGAAAUGGAAAACAUACAGCUUAAUUUGUUGUGCAUAAUAGUUCGGAAUUGAAAAUUAUCAAAAAUGCAAACUGGAGACAGUCGAAAAAUUUUUGUAAUAGCAAAUCUACGCGAUUUUUUUGCUAUUGAUAUAUCAGAUUCAAAUAUUAACCGGCUAUUACAUUCUGAUGCCUUAGAUAAUUUCCUGGAUAAUAGAAAUUGUUUAGUAUUAAGCGCCUAUGUUGAUGGUUUUGGAGACAAGCAAGAAAUAGUUCUGUGCAAUAAGGUUGAACCUAAAGGAUCAAGUGAUCGAGUACUAAUAUUUUUUAAAGCACAGCCAGAUAGUAUUACUCCUGAUAAUAUCUUCUCCAAUAUAUUUAUUUCAUCAAUUGUUGACUCUCCUAUAAGCUCAUUUUAUCAUACUGUAAAGGAAGUUUUUGCACCAGUUUUACUAAAAGACGAAAGAUGGAGUAGACAAGUGGAUCCGAAACUUCAAAAUUUAUUAGGUCAUUUAGAGAAUGGAUUAGCAGCAUCUCUAAGAUUAACAGAUACUUCAGUUGAAGAGCCAGCUAAUCGGGAUACACUAUCAAUUAUAUUUACACCUGUAGAUGAAUAUAAAUAUUGGGAAGAAUUGCAAGAAAAUUUACCAACUCCUCAACAAAAAGAAAGAGCCAAAUUUUUCUGUAAAACUCUUCAACCAUUUAAAUCAGCUUUUAAUGCAAUUGAACGUAUGCCUUUUGGUGAAUAUAAAGAUUCUUUAGAUACUGCAUUUAAUGUAUUGGAUGAUUUAUGGAAACAAGAUGAAUAUUCACCCGGAUUUCCUGCCAAUAGAAUGGAAAACUUAAUGGACAUAAUUGGUAAUAAUACAGUUAAUUAUAUUCAGUACAAGAUGCAAGAUAGUAAUUUGUGGACUGGAAAAUUUUCUUUGAUUGAAGAUCAAUUACUUCAAGGUAUAGAUUUGUGUGAAAGCUGGAUAGACUCCUGUCAAAAACUUACUGGUCUCUUCUGGUCUAAUUACUCUCCUCAUCCGUGGAAGAAGAAUGUUUUCAUUCCAUCUUAUUUAGAAAAUUUUUCCAAAAGAUUGAAUGAGAUUCUUCAGCUCAGAAGUGUCCACAGUCAAGUGAAUCAUUUAUUGAAUUCUGAAGAAAAAGCUUUACUAGAAAUCGAUAAAGCUUUGAAACCUCUCUCUAUUCUUAAUCCACUAAAUUACAACCCAUAUACCGAGGCGUUGUGGACGGCAUCUGUUGCUCAGUAUGACCAAAAUAUGCAAGCUGCUAGAAAAAGAGUUGCUGCAAAAUUGCGAGAACAAUUACGCUCUUCUAAAUCUAACCCUCUUCAAUUAACUCAAGAAUUCAAGAGAUAUGAAUCUCUCAUAAAACAACCUGGAAUUCGUGAAGAAUUAACUGCUGAAAGAGAACUAUUACUUGGUCAACUUGUAGAAUAUAUGAAAACAGCUCAAAAGGAUUUUUUGGCUUGUUCAGAAGGCGAUAAAACAGUUAUACCAUUUACACAUUGUGCGCCAGAGUUAAUAAAUGAUAUUAUUUGGAUAAGACAACUGGAAAGCAAGAUCAAAGAAAUUGCGAAAGUAAGUAAAUCUCUUCUCGAUGACAUUGAUGGCUAUCAGAAGUUGGCUGAAGAUAUUCAGAGCCUCCUUCUAGAUUUUCAGUCUUACAACAAAGAAAAGAUUGACAACUGGACACAAGAAAUGUUAGAUAGUCUUCGAACUAGAAGUUUAGGAUUAGACACCGGAAGGCCUGUUAUUUCAUUGAACAAAAAAGGCCAACCUGAAGUUAGUUAUAGCCCUCGUCUAGUCACACUUAUGAGAGAAGUUCGACAACUCAGAGUUCUGGGUUAUAACAUUCCAAACAAGAUUUUGGACAUGGAAGAAAAAGCAAAAAGGCACUAUGCUCAAGCAAAAACGUUGCAACAAAUCGUUAAUUUUUACAAAACUAUUGCUGAUCAUAUGAUUCUCAGCCAACAACCAUUGAUGCUUGAGGCUGCCAGAGCUUUCACCAGAGUAGUUGAUGAAAAGAAUGCCGUAUCUUGGGAUGAUGAAGCAGGCUUGGAUGCUUAUAUUCGUAGACUGCAACAAUCUGUAGAAAGACUUUCAAAAGAAAAUAGAAUGUUGAGGAAGCAGCAUUUUGUUGUUGGAGAAAUGGUUUUAAAGUUGAUGAACACAGAUCUUUUGAGAAUGCAACAGACAUGGAAAGAUACUCUUGUUGAUAUACGAUCUGUAUUUCUCAAAUUACAAGAACAGGGAUUUUCUCCAGAGAAUAUGCGCCCUUGGAGAGCACACUGGGACAGACAACUUUACAAAGCUCUCGAAUGCCAGUAUGAACUUGGUCUAGAAGUACUGAGUGAGCAUUUACCUGAAAUGAGAAUUGAUUUAGUUUAUAGGAAUGGCUGUCUGCAAUUUCGGCCUCCUAUUGAAGAAGUUCGAUCUAAAUAUUACAACCAAAUGAAAAAAUUCAUUUCUAUCCCAAUACUUUUUAAAGGUGUAAAUGACGUUCAAGAAAAUCUCAUUUUUCCAGUCAUUCUUGACAGGAAUGCUUACAGUUUUCUUGAUUUGUAUAGGAAGACAGAAGGAUUGUUCAAGAAGUUAGAAGAUGCAAAAAAUAAAUUCCAGGACUGGGUUGCUCUUGGAUCUAUCAAUAUGGAAGAUUUCGUUUCGCAACAUUGUAUUACAACUGAAGACUGGAAGAGAAAUUUUAAAUCCAUCAAAGCAAAAAGUCAAGAAUUUAGCAAAAUGUCUUUGGACGAAGAAAAAUUUGAGUGCAUUGUUAUUAGCUAUGCUCCUACAAAAGCGUAUGUUGAUUACCUGAUCUCAGAGCUAGAAACCACAAUGAUAAAAUGCUUGCAAAAAUCAGUAACUACAUCAAUGAGUUCAGUGCAAGAAUUUUUAAAUGAUGCCACAGAGACUUUAAUUCGGCAUCCUGAAUCUAUUGAAGACAUAGCUACUGCAAAAAGGAAACAUGAAGAAUUUUUGCAACGUAGAGGCCAAAUACUUAUGGAAUGCAAAGAAUUAGAAGCAAAGAAUGAAUUUCUGAGUAAAUGGUCAAAAAAUGUUGCUGUAGAUCUGAGUGAAAUAAAGCUUUCUUGGGAAACUUUUGAGCAUACAUUAUCAGAUCACCAUGAAAUUGUUCAGCAGCAGAUGGAAAUACUCAAGACAACUGUUUCAUCGCAUUUGAAAAGUUACCUUCUUGAAGAAGAGCGAUUUGCUGCUCGGUGGCAUCAGUUAAAACCUAGAAGUGAUGUGGAGAUAGAAAAUUCAUCUCAGAUUCAAGAUAUUGUCAACUUUUUAAAGGAAAAACGUGUUGAGUUUGAUUCCUUAGCAGAAUCAAACAGGAAACUACUGGAAGACAUUCGUCAUUUUAAUCUUCCAGAACCAAAUUUCUUGAUCGAGGAAUUGCAACAAGACAUCGAGAAAACUGAAGAAAUCUGGUUAACAUACGAUAAAUUUCAUUCUGAGUUGCAAGAAUUUUCUAAUGAAGAAUGGAUUGUAUUUAGAAACAAAAUACAUUUGUUUGAAACGUUUUUGAAUGAUUGGAUGGACAAAUUUAGAAAUGAUGAGUCAAGAAGCGAUUCUACUGCAGUUUCUGUGCGAUUGCAUCAAGAUAUUAUAAGUUAUUUGGACAUUUUGCCUCUUCUUAAAUUUUGCCGUGGUGAUACCUUUUCCAGCCAACAUUGGGGAGAAAUGUUCCGAUUAUUAGAUAUGCCGGCUGUGUCAGUAGACAAACUGGAGUUUGGUCAUUUUCUGAAUGCUAGAGCAUUGAUAAAAGCGAAUGCGGAGGCCUUAAAAAAUCUGAAUGACAGAGCCCAAGGAGAAGUUACCAUCAGAGAAGCCUUGAAUGAAUUAGAUUUGUGGGGUGCCAAAGCUAGAUUUUCAUUAACAGAACAUAUUGAUUCAUCUGGAAACACACUUGUUCUUAUAAAAGAUUGGAGAGAUCUUCUUAAUAAGGUGGGAGAAAAUCAGUGCCUUCUCCAAUCUCUGAAAGAUACUGCUUUCUAUGAACACUUCAAAGACCGUGUGUCAAUUUGGGAUUCUAGAUUGACGUUAUUAGAUCAGUCUUUACAUCAAUUAAAUCUCAUUCAGAGAAAAUGGGUAUAUCUUGAACCAAUAUUUGGACGUGGAUCUUUACCAUCUGAAAGAACUCGUUUUCUAGCUAUAUGCAAAGAAUUCAGGUUUGUUAUGAACAGCAUUGCCCAAGAUGAUAGGGUAAUGUCUUUAAUUUCUAUAUCUGGUCUCCCUAACAUAUUGAACAAUCUCCAAGAUCAACUCACUCGUUGUCAAAGAGCUUUGAAUGCAUUCUUAGAAGAAAAGCGGUCUAUGUUCCCAAGAUUUUAUUUUCUGGGAGAUGAAGAUUUACUUGAAAUUCUCGGUCAGUCUACAAAAGCUACUGUUAUUCAAUCGCAUCUGAAGAAAUUGUUUGCUGGCAUUCAUCACGUUCAGUUUGAUGACGAUUUGACAAGUAUUUUAGCAAUCGUGUCUGCUGAAAAUGAAGUUGUUCAUUUACGGAAACCUGUGCUUAUUACUUCAGAAAUCGAGGUUUGGUUGAAAGCAUUGGCUCAUGAGAUGCAAAGAACUUUGCAGACUUUGCUGAUUCAAUGCUUGGAUCUUAGUAGACAAAGUGAGCAAAGUAUUAAUCCUUUACAGUUUCCAACUCAAAUUCUGUGCCUGAGUGAACAAAUUUUGUUUGCUGAACGGUGUGAAGAAGCUAUUUCUCGCAGUUCAUUGUCAGCAUACUUGAAAGAAUUAGAAUCUCAACUUGAUGCAUAUACAAAUGCAAAUAUGUCUGCUUCCAGGGAAGUACCACUGGUGCGUCUGAAAUUAAAAGCUCUUAUCCUCGACACUAUUUACAACAUCAGUGUUGUCGAGGAAUUGAUUAAAGAUAAAGUACGGUCUACAGAUGAUUGGUCAUGGCAAAAGCGAUUAAGGUUUUAUACAAAAUCUAAUCAAACAGUUGUUGGAAAGAUGGUUGAUGCUGAAUUUGAAUACAGUUAUGAGUAUCAAGGAAUUGCAGCAAAAUUAGUUCAUACUCCUUUGACUGAUAAAUGUUAUCUUACUCUUACUCAAGGUAUGCACAUGGGCAUGGGUGGAAAUCCAUAUGGACCUGCUGGUACAGGUAAAACAGAAUCCGUGAAAGCUUUAGGCUCACUGUUUGGCCGACAAGUUUUAGUCUUUAACUGUGACGAAGGUAUAGAUGUGAAAUCAAUGAGUCGUAUAUUUGUUGGAUUAGCAAAGUGUGGAGCUUGGGGUUGUUUUGAUGAAUUUAAUCGCUUAGAAGAGUCUGUUCUUUCAGCACUAUCCGUGCAAAUUCAAAUUAUUCAAACUGCUUUGAAAACAAAAACCAGAGAAAUCGAAUUGGAUAAUAAAAAGGUUGAUAUUGAUUUUAAUUCAGGGAUAUUCAUAACUAUGAACCCAGCUGGGAAGAAAUAUGGAGGAAGACAGAAGCUUCCAGAUAAUUUAAAACAACUUUUUCGUCCAGUUGCAAUGACCACUCCUGAUAAUGAUUUGAUUGCUGAGGUGCUGCUUUUUUCAGAAGGUUACAAACACUCUAAAGAACUAGGCCGUAAAGUGGUGGCUGUGUUUUCUUUAGCCAAGGAAUUAUUGUCUCAGCAACAACACUAUGAUUGGGGAUUACGAGCUUUAAAAACCGUUCUUAAAAGCUGCGGGGAGCAACUCCAUAUUGCAAAGCACAGUACAUCAGAAAAAGAACCAAUGGAGCUAGACAUAAAUGCAGAAAAUGAACUAGUUGUACACAGCCUACGUACGAACACUUUAUCAAAAUUGACUUACAUAGACAGUAGCCGAUUUGAUGCUCUUAUUCGUGACCUUUUUCCUGGGGUUCAGUUUAGAAACAUUGAUUAUGAACAACUGGCUGAAGCAGUUAAAAAUAGUAUGGCACUGAUGAAGCUUGUAUAUUCUGAAAAUCAAGUUAAAAAAGUGCUUGAAUUACAUGAACAACUUCAACAAAGAAUGGGAGUAGUUGUUGUCGGCCCCAGCGGAUCUGGAAAAUCUACCUUAUGGAAGUUGCUAAUGAAAUCUUUGAUUCUUCUUGGACAGCAAGUGAAAUGUUACAUUGUGAAUCCCAAAUCCAUUCCAAAGCCACAGCUUUUAGGGUACAUUGAUCUGGAUACUCGUGAGUGGCAUGAUGGUGUUUUAACAUUAAGUUCCCGACAAGUGAUAAAGGAGCAAGAUGAUGUUCUUUCAUGGAUCAUCUGUGAUGGCGAUAUUGACCCAGAAUGGAUCGAAUCGCUGAAUUCAGUUUUAGACGAUAAUCGAUUGCUGACCAUGCCAUCAGGCGAAAGAAUUCAGUUUGGUUCAAAUGUUAACUUUUUAUUUGAAACUCAUGAUCUCAGCUGUGCUUCUCCAGCGACUAUUUCAAGAAUGGGCAUUAUAUUCUUGAGCAACGAGGACGUCAAUGUAAAAUCUUUAGUGACUGCCUGGUUACUCCAACAAGAUGAAAAUAAUCGACUUACUAUUCAAACUUUUAUAGAUGAUUACUUUUUUAAAGCUUUAGACUGGGUAUUGAAACAGAAUGAUUUUGUCUUGGAGACCUCUAUAACGGGUACUAUUUUAAAUGGACUUUCACAUCUGAAAAAUUCAAAAAAUAUUUCCCAAUUUGCUGUUAAUCUGAGCAGAGGUUUAGGAAGCAAUUUAAGAAAAUCUUCUCGAGAUGCUUUGAUUCGAGAGAUAUUUUCAUGGGCAAAUCUAAUUAUACCAGACCCAAAUUCUCCAUCUAAUACCUAUUACAAUGAUACAUAUCACAGAUUAGACACCUAUCAUAUGCAGGAUGAAGAGAGCACAUUGUCAGAUUAUGAAACUAAUCAGUUUUCUAUAAUUCAAACUGAAGAUUGCCUUAGAACGACAGAUUACCUUUUUCCAUGGCUUUUAAAUGAGAAAAUGCCUCCUUUCCUUUUAGUUGGACCCGAUGGGUGUGGCAAAAGUACCCUUCUUCGAAACUGCCUUCAACAAGAGCAGACCAUUACAUCUGCUAUGGUGCACUGCAAUGCUCAAACUAAACCUCAUCACGUGUUACAAAAGUUGAUGUCUGUUUGUACAAUCAUAGGUGCGCAAAAUGGCCGUGUAUUGCGCCCAAAAGAAAGUGAACAUUUGGUCCUAUAUCUCAGAGACCUUAGCUUGCCGAAACCAGAUAAAUGGGGAACUUCACAAUUACUUGCUUGGCUGCAGCAGGUACUGACAUACAAUGGAUUUUAUGAUGAAAAUGCAGAAUGGAUAAGUUUGGAAGGUAUACAAAUCGUGGGGUCUGUGAGCAGUGUUUCUUUAGCUGGUCGUCACUCCUUAACUACAAGAUUUACUAGCAGAAUGCAUAUUUAUGCUGUGGACUAUCCAACACAAGAUGAACUUCGAAUUAUAUAUUCCCAUAUCUUAUCACCAGUUAUUCAAAACUCUCUCAAGGAUCAUGCUAUAUGGGGACACGCAUCAAAAGUUCGACAGCUCAUUGGCUCUAUGGUUCAACUUUUAGAAGCACUUCGAGCCGAAUUCACUAGUGAUGUGUAUGGCAACUGUCGUUUUACACCUGUUGAUUUAACACGGUGGUCCUUCUCACUUUUUCGCUAUGAUCUUGUUCAAGAAGCAUUUUCUACCCCAAGAGAAGCUGACGGUUUAUUGAGACCUUGGUCGUAUGAAGCCUGCCGAAUUUUUCGAGACAGACUCAUAAAUAUUACUUCAACUUUAAAGUUCAACAAUAUUAUUUCUAGUAUUUUACGGAAAGAUUGGGGUAUAGCUGAUAUUAGCUCUCUUGAAGGAGUUUAUUAUAUUGCUGGAAAUCAUACAUCUGAAAAAGCGAAAAUGAUUGGAAAAUCUUUAGAGAGACUCUCUUCGGAUGAUUGGCAUUCGAUUGUUCAAAGAAAUAUUAAACUAUACAACAAUGAAGUUCGAGAACUUGAUAUCGUUGUUUUCCAAGAAGUAUUGGAUAAUUUAGCAAAGGUAGAUAGAGUGCUCUCACAACAAAAUGGUUCCUUGCUACUAAUAGGAAUGAAUGGUUCGGGCCGACGCCUGUCAGUUUCCAUCACAGCACACUCACAUCAAAUUCCUAUUGUUUCCCCCAAAGUGAAUCCAAAUUAUGGAAUCAAGCAAUUUUCUAAUGAUCUAAAAACAGUUAUGCAGAUGGCAGGCAUUGAAGGCAAAGAAGUUCUAUUACUUUUAGAAGAUUAUCAAAUGCUUGAUGACGAAUUCCUAGAAUUAAUAGACAGUCUCCUGUCUUCUGGUGAUGUCCCAGGUUUAUACACGCCUCAAGAACUUGAGCCACUUCUGAAUCCUCUCAAAGAUUUAGCUUUGCAAGAAGGCUUUCGUGGAUCUCCUUCCGCUUUCUUUGCGCAACGUAUUCAGAAAAAUCUUCAUAUAUCUUUAAUAAUGGAUUAUACAGAUCCUAAAUUUCUGUAUCGCUGCAAAAGCAAUCCUGCUUUGUAUAAAUCGUGUAAUGUUAUAUGGUUGGAUGAAUGGAAUGAACAAAGCAUGUGUGAGGUUCCCCGUUUGCUUCUAUCUAGUAAAGACUGUGAAGAACUAGAAUCUCUGGGAAAUGAAUUUUAUAAGUAUUUCCUCAAAAUACACAGUCAGAAUUCUCAAAAAAAUCAAGCUCCUCGAAAGUUUGUUGCUUUUAUACACAAUUACAAAAAAAUAUUUUCAUUGAAAUGCUCUGAAAUCCAGACGAGAAAGAAACAUUUAAUGGCUGGUGUAUCAAAACUAAAUGAAGCUCGAUCUUUAGUAGAUAAACUUAAAUCGGAAGCAAAAGAACAAAGUACUUUAUUAGCAGAAAAGCAAGCAGAGGCUGAUGAAGCAUUAAGACUGAUUACAACUAGCAUGUCUAAUACUGGUGAUCAAAAGAUUGAGCUUGAAAAGCUCAAAACUAAAAUUGAAGAAGAAAAUAUAAAACUUUCUAAACGUAAAAAAGAUAUUGACUUAGAACUGAAAGAGAUUGAGCCAAUUGUUCAAGAAGCUAAAUCUGCUGUAGGAAAUAUAAAAUCUGAAUCAUUAUCUGAAAUACGAUCUCUCCGUGCUCCUCCUGACGUUAUUCGAGAUAUAUUGGAAGGUGUAUUGCGCCUUAUGGGAAUUUUUGAUACUUCUUGGGUCAGCAUGAAAAGCUUUUUAUCGAAAAGAGGUAUUAAAGAGGAGAUAUUGGCAUUUGAUGCGCGCAAUAUAUCUCCUGAAAUCAGAGAAAGUGUUGAAAAAUUGCUAAAGAAAAAUGCCGAAUCAUUUGAUUCAAAGAAUGCAAAACGAGCAUCAGCUGCUGCAGCACCACUAGCGGCUUGGGUGAAAGCUAAUGUUAUCUAUUCUAGAGUUUUGGAAAAAAUUAAACCAUUAGAGAAAGAACAAGCAAAAUUGAAACAUAAUUUGGCUUCUACUGAGAAAAAAAUUACUAAACUAAGCACUGCUUUAGAAGAUGUUGAAGAAGAAGUUUCAGUUCUGCGUGACAGAUUAAACAAAUUCACAAAAGAAGCUGCUCAGAUCGAAAUUAAUUUGAAACAAGCCAAUGAAACAAUUGCUUCUGCUGAAACACUAGUUAGCAAAUUGGAUGAUGAAUAUCGAAGAUGGACAUAUCAGUUACAAGAAAUUGAUCAACAGCUGGAGGAAUUACCUAUGAAAGCUCUUUUAGCUGCUGCUUUUAUUACAUAUUUGAGUGCAGAACCUGAAAACAAGAGACGAUCUGUAGUAGAGAAAUGGUGCUCAGAUUUUGGACUCGACAAAUUUUCUUUGGCUCAGACAUUAAGCACAGAGAGAGAACAAUUAGUUUGGAAAAAUGAAGGAUUGCCUUCUGAUGAGCUGUCGAUAGAAAAUGCUAUUUGUAUUUUACAUAAUACUCUAGUCCCUUUCCUGAUCGAUCCCUCUUUCCAAGCUGCAAAUUGGUUGAAAGCAAAUAUGGCUAAUUUUCAACUAGAGGUUGUUAACUGUCAUGAUGCUAACUUCCUGACAUCUGUUGAAAUGGCUGUCCGAUUCGGUAAAACAUUGCUUUUACAAGAUGUGGAUAACAUUCAUCCUGUUCUUUAUCCAUUGCUGAGACGAGAUUUGAUUAAUCAAGGACCAAGAUAUGUCGUUCAACUUGGCGAGAAAGUAGUUGACUACAAUCCUCAAUUCAGAUUGUUUCUGGUUACUAAGUACUCAGAAAUUGAACUCCCGCCUAAUUUUUAUUCUGUUGUAUCAACUGUCAACUUCAGUACUACAAAAGCAGGACUAACUGGACAGCUUUUAGCCACUGUACUGCAGCGAGAAAAGCCAGAAUUAGAACUAAAACGUACAGAACUUUUGCGAAAAGAGGAAGAAAUGAAGUUGCAAAUGACUCAGUUAGAAGAAUCUUUGCUUCAAGAGCUAGCAUCUGCUCGAGGAAAUGUGUUAGAGAAUGAAGAGUUAGUAGCUUCUUUGAAUAGAACAAAAAGUAGCAGCAAUGAAAUUGCCAUUGGGUUGAAAGAAUCUCAUGAUUUGCAAUUAUCAUUAGAGGAGGAAAGAAAGAUGUAUCUCCCUUUGGCUGAAUUUGGGAGUACUCUAUUUUUCUUAAUGACCGAGCUCAGAAAAGUCAAUAACAUGUACUGUUUCAGCCUUGUUUCAUUUUUUAAGCUUUUCAAUCAAGCAUUGGAAACUUCUUUGAGUAAUAAGGAAGCAGGUGGUAGAAUUGGAAAGCUUAUCAAAUCGUUACAAAAUAUAGUGUUUGAAGCAGUUUCAAGAUCACUGUUUAAAGCUGAUCGUCUCACCUUUGCUCUUCAUCUUAUCCAUGGCGUCUUUCCCCAACUAUUUGAAGAACAGGAAUGGGAGGCAUUUACAGGAAUUUUGAUGACAGAAGCAAAAUUUGAUCCUGAGGAUCUAAAAGCAUCUUUACCUUCUUGGGUUGAAGAGGAGAGAGGAAUUGCAAUAGCUCUACUGAGAACUACUUUUCCUCAUUUGUUUAGUGUACUUCAACUCUCAGAUGCGAAACUUUGGGAAAACUUUUCAAAAAGUAGUCAUUGCGAGCAGGAACUGCCAAAUGUUGUUUCCUCAAAAAUAAGCAUUUUCCAGCAACUUCUUCUUGUACAGGCGUUGAGACCAGAUCGAUUAUAUAGUGCCAGUGCUCUCUUUGCUAGUAGAGUUCUAGGUCUCAAAGAAUUAUUUCCCCAAGCUGUUAACUUAAAAAAUUUGCUAAAAACAACUUCAAAUCAUGAGCCUAUUCUGAUAAUUAUAUCUGCUGGUGUGGAUCCUUCUCAAGAACUUUCUGAAUUGGCGUCUUCUGUUGUUGGAGCUGAAAACUAUGUUCAAGUUUCUAUGGGUCAGGGACAGAUAGAAGUGGCUACUGAAAACUUGAAAUUAUGUGCAACAGAAGGGCGAUGGCUUUGUUUAAAAAAUUUACAUUUGGUUACCCACUGGCUACCUACUUUACUCAAAGAAAUUUCCUACUUAAAACCUUUACCAAAUUUCCGUUUGUGGUUGACAUCUGAAGUUCAUCUCAAUUUUUCACCUGUGCUUUUAGAGAUGUGUGUUAAAGUUACUUAUGAGGCCCCUCCUGGUGUGAAGAGAAAUAUGCAACGAACCUAUGAUUCCUGGACUCCAUCAUUUGUGUCAAAAGGAGGAAGUAAUCUUCGUGCCAGAACUCUAUUUGUGCUAUCUUUCUUUCAUGCUGUUCUACAAGAAAGACGAUCUUAUAUUCCACAAGGUUGGACGAAAUUUUAUGAGUUCAGCUCUGCAGAUUUACGAGUUGCAGCAGAAGUCAUUGAUAGGAUUUUCUUGAAUUCUGAUCAGAAAAUCCAAUGGGAGUAUGUGCAAGGACUUUUUGAAACUGCAGUUUAUGGAGGGCGAAUAGAUGUCAUAUUUGAUUCGCGAGUUCUGUCAUCAUAUUUAAAAGAAUAUUUUGAUAACAAAGUAGUGAGUGGAAGUGGAAAAAAACCUUUAGGAGGAAAACUGUCAGUUCCUGCAUCUGUAGAUUACAAAGAACAUUUACAAGCAAUACGUAGUUUACCAGAUUCAGAUGGACCAUCCCUUUUUGGAUUGCCAGAAAAUAUCGAGAGAUCUGCUCAGUGCACUUCCAGUCGUAAAAUGAUUGACCAGUUGAAACGUCUGUUAAGACCAAUUGAAAUAGCAGAUAAAUUCGAUGUGCAUCGGUGGAAUGUUGAACUAUCACCAAUUCUUGUACUUUGGAAAAAAUUGAAUCAGGGAUCAAACAUUAUUCAUUUGCAACUAACAGCACCUCAGUUUCAUCAAAUGGCUGAAGAACCCCCUAUACUUUCUUUUAUUCGACUAGAAUAUUACUCAGGAGUGAGACUUGUUCAAAGUGUUCACGCAUCUUUGGCAUCUAUAAGUAAGGUUAUCAGGGGAGCCAUUCUUUUGACUGACGAAAUACAUGCACUAGCUACUUCACUUCUGAAGCACGAAACACCAAGUCUUUGGCAAAAGAAAUGGGAAGGCCCUGAAGAUCCAUUGUCUUAUCUUCGAGGAGCUAUGCGCCGUGCUCUGGCCAUUCAAAUGUGGUUGCCAAAAGCAGAGUCAGGAGACCUUUUAGAAGAAAAUCUUGAUCUAUCUCACCUUUUUCAUCCUGAUACUUUCCUAAAUGCUCUGAGGCAACAAACUGCAAGAGAAUGCCACGAGUCAAUGGAUAACUUAAAAUUUGUAUGUACUUGGAAGGGUAAGAUUCCUCAGGCAAAAUUAAGCAUAACAAUAACAGGAAUAUAUUUAGAAGGAUGUCUCUUCAACGGACAACAACUUUCUGACUGUCACCAUGACUCACCAGUAGUGUCACUUGUCCCAGCUUUUACUGCUGCUUGGAUACCAAAGGAUUCCCCAUCACCUUACAGAGAAGAUGAAGUAAUAUUUCUUCCAGUUUAUUUCACUUCAGACAGAGAGCAGAUUGUGACCUGUAUCCAAUUACCUUGUGGUGAAAAUCAUGAACACUGGGUGCAGACAGGAGCUGCCUUAUUCCUUAAGAAUAGUUAAGGUUAUUGCAAAUAUAAUUUAUAUGUGUACUAGUCAUUUCACACAUUAUAAAAUAAAGCAUAUAUUUUAUUAAAAUA